GAACCCGUCGCGUUUUCCUUGGCUACCUUGGCCACUUGAGACCAGUCAUCAUGCCUAUCCGUGCUCUGUGUACCAUUUGCUCUGACUUCUUCGAUCACUCCCGCGACGUGGCCGCCAUUCACUGCGGCCACACCUUCCACUUGCAGUGCCUAAUUCAGUGGUUCGAGACAGCACCAAGUCGGACCUGCCCGCAGUGCCGAAUCCAGGUCGGUAAAAGAACCGUUAUCAAUAAGCUCUUCUUUGACCUUGCCCAGGAGGAGGAGAGUGUCUUAGAUGCAGAAUUCUUAAAGAAUGAACUGGAUAAUACCAGAGCCCUGCUUUCCCAGAAAGAGAAGGAAAAACGAGACAGCCAGCUUAUCAUUGACACUCUGCGGGACACGCUGGAAGAACGCAACACCACUGUUGAAUCCCUGCAGAAGGCCUUAGACAAGGCUGAGAUGCUGUGCUCCACCCUCAAGAAGCAGAUGAAGUACUUGGAACAGCAGCAGGAUGAGACCAAACAAGCACGGGAGGAGGCCCGCCGGCUCCGGAACAAGAUGAAGACCAUGGAGCGAAUUGAGCUCCUACUCCAGAGUCAGCGGCCCGAGGUGGAGGAGAUGAUCCGAGACAUGGGUGUGGGACAGUCAGCGGUGGAGCAGUUGGCUGUGUACUGCGUGUCCCUCAAGAAAGAGUACGAGAAUCUAAAAGAGGCGCGGAAGGCCUCAGGGGAGCUAGCUGACAAACUGAAGAAGGAUUUGUUUUCUUCCAGAAGCAAGUUGCAGACAGUCUACUCUGAACUGGACCAGGCCAAGUUGGAGCUGAGGUCGGCCCAGAAGGACUUACAGAGUGCUGACAAGGAAAUCGCAAGCCUGAGAAAAAAGCUAACGAUGCUGCAGGAAACCCUGAACCUGCCACCAGUGGACAGUGAGGCUGUCAACCGCCUGGUUUUAGAGAGCCCAGCUCCUGUGGAGAUGCUGAACCUGAAGCUUCGCCGGCCAGCCUUCGGCGAUGAUAUUGACCUCAAUGCCACCUUUAAUGUGGAUACUCCCCCAGCCCAGCCCUCCAGCACCCAGCAUGGCCAUGCCAAGAGGCUCUUCCCAGAGAAGGCACAUUCUCCCGUUCAGGACGUUCUCAAGAAGAUGCCCAAAGGCCCCAAGCAGGAGUCCAAGCUCUUGCUGGGCGGCCAGCGCUGUCUGGGAGAGCCUGAUGAGGAGCUGGCUGGUGCCUUCCCUGUCUUCAUCCGGAAUGCUGUCCUGGGCCAGAAACAGACCAAGAGGACCAGGGCAGAGCCCUGUCGCAGCACAGAUGCAGUAAGGACUGGCUUCGAUGGACUUGGAGGCCGGACAAAAUUCAUCCAGCCUACUGACACGACUAUGAUCCGCUCACUGCCCAUUAAACCCAAGCCCAAGGCCAGGGCUAAGCAGAGACUGGGGGCCAGGACAGUGCUCCCUCCCUCCCAGGCCAAGCUGGACACCUUCCUGUGGUAG